CCUCUUCCCGUCGUUGGAUCUCUCUCUCUCUCUCUCUCUCUCUCUCUCUCUCUAUCUCUCUCAUCUCAUUAAAAAGAAAAGACAAUUCUAUCGAGUUCCCAAUUUCCCAUCCAUCACUCUUUUCUCUGAUUCUCAGUAUUAUACAAUUUUUUAUUUUCCUUCUGUUUGUUUGUUCUUUUCGAUAAAGACAUAAUUUUUUUUUUCUUUGGGUGGAAACAUUAUUUUGUGGGUACGUCGCCACGCGCUAGAGCUCGAAAAGCUAUGAUCUAGGGGAGGAAGGAUCUUCACAAAUCCUACUUGGCCACAAAAAUUUUGCUAUUUUUAUUUUCUUAAAACAAAAUUUCCUCCGUGAUUAUAAUUUUGAGACAAGACAGGAAGAUUAAUAUUAAGCACUAGUUUUGCAAAAUUAAGUGUGGUUUUGUGGAUGGUAACACAUCUUCUGGCAAAUCACGUAUUGCAAACCAAAUCGACUGAUGCAGAUGUUUUCCGAUUCAGUGAGAAAUAAAGAUUGAUUCUUUGGGGUUCUUUUUUUUUUAAAUCAUGGUGGAGCCUUAUGAGACACGUAACAACUCUGAAGCAUCUCAGAUGGUCAGAUAUCAGAGUUAUAACCAUCACAAUUCAAGAAUACCAUCUUCGUCAUCGUCGUUAUCAUUAUCAUUAUCAUCGCCAUUGCUUGAUUUGAGAGUGUUUUAUGUCAGAAUCAGCAAUUUCAAGGUGGAUGCUUCGACACCUGAGGUACUCACGAUCACUCAUAUCCCACUGGAUCUAGAUUCAAUCUUGGAGAUUAACGGUGUUAGGAUGAGCAUGUACUCUGAAGGAGUCUCUUCUCAGCUAAGGAGAGAUCGUGUUGAUAAGAAAUCUGAAGUAGCUACUUUUAUCAGCACUGACAACAUCAGGUUGUCUGGUAGUGUGAAGUUUGAGGUUUGUGAUAAAGAUGACCUGGUUUUAUCUGGAACGCUUGAGAUGUCCGGCAGUAAUGGUUUCACUGGUGAAUCUAAGCAUAGCGCGAAGCGGUGGAACAUGAACUGUGAAGCUGAGAUCACUGCAGGGUCUGGUUUCUUGAAGGAGAAACAUAUUGGUGGUGGUUCGGAUUUUUCAUCUCCGUUGCCAACUAUUGAAGUCUCUGUCACUGGUUGCUUCUCAGGAACACCCAUCAUCUUAACCAAGACUCUACAGCUUGGUUUCAGAAAGAAACACAGUAGAGUGACUGCAUUAGAUUCGAUUCCCGAGUAUGAUACCGGUGAGCCUCAUAAAGGCAACUCAUCUGAGCUUGAUUAUCAGGUAACAGAAUAUGGAAGUUACAAACAAGAAUAUGAAGGAGAAGACGGCGACAUGUAUUGGAAUAGAGAGUAUGCAGAUGGUGAAGAUGGUGAGAUGUCGUGGUUCAAUGCUGGUGUGAGGGUUGGUGUGGGAAUUGGUCUUGGUGUCUGUGUAGGUCUUGGCAUUGGGGUUGGCCUUCUUGUGCGUACCUAUCAAUCAACCACCAGAAACUUCAGAAGGAGGAUUAUCUAGUUUCAUUCAAAUUGCCUCGAGCUUCUCCUACUCUCCCUCUAACUCCAGUCCUUACCACAUCACUUUUGACUGCAGAACUUUAAGCUAUAUAGUCUAUGCUAAUACUGAUGUGUAGUAAAAUCUUUCUUCAUGUGUAUUUUUUUCUCUUUGUGCCUUGAAAUUUUGAAAGAAAUCAUUCUCUUCUUGUGUUUGUUGAGUUUUCAUACUGAAAGAACAAAGUUUUUUUGCUGGUAA